GAGAGCCACAGUCAGUCUCAGUUCAGCCCAGGGAAUACCUGGCACAAUGGCUGUGCCCUGCCCUGGAGGAGAGGGUGGGUGGAGAAGCCCUGGGUUGCAGGCACUGUGGAAGAUGGAGCCAUCACAUUCCUCUCUGCACUUGGGGGGGUUGGGGCUGUUCCUCAGCAUGGCACUGCUGAGUCCCAUCUGCUGCUCCAUGGGGCAGCUCCCAUAACCAUCCUGUGCUGGCAGGGCCCCUGCUCUGGUGUCCCAACCCCCUUCUUGCUCCCCCAAGUGCUUGUGGGGGCUGCAACCCCUCUGGGCUGUGGGACAGGCUGGGGAACAGAUCCCGAAUCCCUUGAGCAACCCCUGGGCUAUGGGCAUCACACUUCAGGAUGCUCAGAAUGUGGGAAGGAUAGGGAUGGAGGGGAUGAAGAAGCCUCCAGAUGCAGCCCCCAGGAGCUGCCCUCAGCCCAGGGAGCUACAGGAGUCCCCUGGGGACACCCCAGUCCCAUACUGACUAUUAGGAGCCAGGAGAAGGCAAGCAGUGGAGCAGCCACCUGGGCAGGCAGGGACCUGCCCAAGGCAGCCCUGCUGCACCCCCUACCUGGUUAAUUCCAGCCUCCAUCCCCUCUCACACACUCCACACACAGCUGCAUCCUGACACCACAGCUGCCACUCAGCAAAGGCCCCUGCCAGGCUCAGCCAAUGUCCUGGGGACAGUGGCACUAGGGCCAGGCUGAGCUGGGCACAGAUACCUGCCAUGCAGGACCCUAUGUGGGUAUCUCUGUGUCCCCCAUCCUGUCCUACUGUCCCAGGGAUGCGGGUGGCUCCAUCCCCGACCCUUUCUCCUUGCCUGCAGUGUGAUGGCAGUAUCACACUCCUCAGUGCACAGCAUGGCACCCAGCCCUGCCAUGCCGUGCCAUCUUGUGCCAUGCUGUGUUGUGCUGUCCCACACUGUGCCGCGCUGUGUCAUGCUGUGUCAUACUUUGCUGCCCGCAGACCCCACUGCAAACCACAGGUCAGAGCAGCUCGGAGAUGCGCAAAGCCAUGUGCCCAUGGCACACCCUCACCACAGCCAAGACUGAGACCUCCCUGUCCUGGCAGAGCUGGUGGGACAGGACCAUUCCCUGUCACAUGUCCCUGUGGCCCAUUGACAGGAGAGACUGUCCUGCAGGGACAUCAACUCUCACAAAAUCACAGCUGUAGGUGCUGAGAACAGUCAGAAGCAGAGCUGGAAGAGGGCAAUAUCACCAACCUCAAACAUCUGGAAAAGUGGGAUGAGGACCUCCUUGUCCUCAUGAAACAAGUCCUUGGUAGAGACUUGUAGCACCAUGAAGGUUUCCAUCAUGAACAUGACAUCCCAGUUGAAGGGCAACUGCCAUUUUCCAGAGGGAGGUGGAGGUGGAGCAGCCAACUUGGAUAGGUUGGUGGCACUGGAAUGCUCCUGUGGACACAGUAGUAGCUAAGAAGGUGGGAGCCAUGUCCAGCACCAUCUCCUUGAUGAGGUGGAGGUCUUGCUGGUGUGGGGGGCUACCAGUGGCCAGUCCUGGCCAACAGAUGCUCUAUGGUGGGCAGAGCCACCUUAAAGGAAGCCUCCAGAUGCUGCAAUGCUGUGGACAGGGAAGGAGCUUGUUGCUCCACAAGUGGCUGGGGAGGUGUGGCAGCAGGAGCAAGGUCAGGUCAGGGAGGGUGGUGGGGCCUGGGAGGGGCUGCAGUCUGAGGAAAGCAGCCCAGCUGCAUCAGAGGGCAGAGCCCCUCCUCGACACACAUCCCGGCACUGACCAAGACACAGAUGCCGGCACCAGCUGAGACCUGCCCUGCUGUGUCACCCACCAGGAACAACCCCACUGAGAUCCCAGCCAGCAGCAUGUCCUGACACUCUGGAUGCGUAGGUGCAGAGUGCUCCUGACCUGGGAUGUGGUGCUUGCCCCAGUCCCCUCAUGCUGCUGAGGAGGACAUAGGCUGUGUCUCAGGUCAGCAGCAAUACCUCUCCCUGGGUACCCAGGUCUGCAAAGCAGGGCACAGCACAUUUGGAGGUUCAGAGGGACCAUGAGGCCAAUGCUCAUGACAGUGGGAUGGCAGCCUUCAGCUAGGCCCCCAGGCUCACUUCCAAGCCAAAGUGAACCCCCAAACUCUAUCACUCAUGUGGUCAGCCACCUCUAACUCCUUUGCUGGCAGCAGCGACUUGGCCAUGCUCACUCAUCACCCCCACAUACUGACAGCGUUCAUGUCCAUCAGGAGCAGGGUCCUCCCCAGACAAGGGGCACCAUCAGCCAUCAGGGAGAUGGACAACAGCCAGAUACAGGGGGAUAUCCAUGGGUGAUGGGGGUUCAGGGGGAUGAGAGUUGGAGGUGCUGGGGACACCACGGAAGAGGGGUCAUGGGGCUCUCUGGGAUGGCACACAAAGGAUUUGCUAUAGUGGGGGAAGUGCAAGCAGCACUAUCCCUAGCUGAGGGCUGGAACCCAGUUGGGGGAGUUGUGGUGAGGAGGAGUCACUGUCCCCUUGGGGCACCUGGGAUGAGGAGUAAGAUAUGGUGUGAGGAGAGCCUGGCCAGGGCAGCCUUGGAGGCCAGGGAGAAAGGGAAAGUAAAACCACAGGGCUCCUGUGCUCGCCUUACUGUAAAUUAGUCUGCUUCUGCUUACUGUGACCUGUGGCUGUGUCCAUGUGGAAGCAGGACACCCCAAAGCAUCGGUGACCGUGGGUAUGUCCAUGGUGCAGCAGGAGCGCCUCUGACGGGAAUGUGGGCCAAGGAUAAGACCAUGCCAGAGAAAGUACACCUUGAAGCAUCUGUGGCUGUGCUGGAAGUCAUACUGGAACACCUCAAAGUGUGUGGCCAUGCACAAACCUCCAACAGAGCAGGUACACCCCUGGAGGCAUUGUAGCCAUGCAGAAGGCCAAACUAGAGCAGGUAUAUGCUCCAUCCCCAGAAAUGUUCAAUGUUGGAUGGGGCCUGGAGAGCAGCUUGGUCCAGUGGAAGGUGUCCCUGCUUAUGGCAGGGGGUUGGAACAAGAUGAGCUUUAAGGUCCCUCCCAACCCAAACCAUUUUGUGAUUCUGUGACUUUGUGAACAUUUGUGGACAUUUUAUGGGCAUUUUAUGGACACUUCAUAGGAAUGGUCUGUAGACUACGGGAAUUAUACCUGUGCAUGAUAGCUUAGGAUGGGAAGGGGCUAGUGGGUAUUGGAUACCACAGGACCUGAGCAGGAUUUACAUGGCAUAGAAUAAGGGAUGGAGAAUGUACUGUUUUGGGCAGAGGAUAAGUUCCAUUUCUUCCCUGGGGCUGUGGGUUGGGUUUUUGCUGGAGGGAGCAUUGAUAAACCAGGGAUGUUUCAGUAAAGGCCUUUGGUGCUCCUCAUGCUGCCCCACCAGUGAGUAGGGUGGAGGUGUGAAAGGAGUUGGAAAGAGACAUGGCCAGGACAUUGGACCCCAGCUGACCCCAGGCAUAUUCCUAACCACAGGUUGUCAUGGUCAGCAGUAGAACUGGGGGAGCUUGGUCUGGGGGGUCCACUGUUUAGGGUAGAAACAGGAAAGUUGUACAGACAAAUCCCUGGCUUUAAGCCAGGUGUCACCAACAGAAUUCUGAGGUUUUUGAUAAUGGGAUGGUUUAGAUGACAACAAGCCUACUGGUGACAAGCCUACUGGGUACACCUGUCUCAGAGGGAAAAGGAUCUUUAUGCAGGCGUUAGCAGGGCAUGUUGACUGAGCCUUAAAUUGGAUUUGAAGGGGAAAGGGGAUAAAAACCAAGUCACUUGAGAUAAGCCUGGGAGGGGCUUGACACUGUUUAAAGGAUGGGGUGUUAGUGAGGUCGUUCAGGCUACCAUCUCAGUAGACAUAGGAAAUGUCUACUUCAUUGCCAUGAAGCAGCAAGAGUGCAAGUGUUACUGAGGUGCUAGAAACCUUGGAAGCUACUGAGAAUGGUCACACAGGAACUGUAGCUUCUCUCCCCAAAAAGGCAUUGGGAUUGAUAACCCAACUGAAGUGCAUCUGCCCCAGUGCCUGCAGCAUGGGCAGCAAACAGGAGAUCCUGGAGGACAUGUUGCAGGAAGAAAACCAUGGCAUAGUGCCAUCACAAAGACAUAGCGGAUGGCUGGCACCACUGAAAUGGUGCAGGCGUUGGUGGUGAACUCUUCAGAAGGGACAGGCAAGGAAUGAGACUGGAAUGGUGCAAUGAAUGGUGGUGAACUUUUCAGAAGGGAUAGGCAAGGAAUGAAAGGUGGUGGGGAAGUCCUGUAUGUUAGGGAGUGUUUUGACUGUCUAGAGCUUGACAGUGAUGAUGCAUAUGUCAAGAGAUGGUGGGCAAGAAUUGUGGAGAAUGCCAGCAGGGCAGAUAUCCAGGUGGGAGCUGGGUACAGAUCGCUCAACCAAGGACCAAGAGGCAGACAAGAAGUCUCAUGAUGGCCAGCCCUUGUCUUCAUGGGGGCUUCAACACACUAGAUGUCUGCUGAAAAUACAAUCCAGCACAGAGGAGUGAGUUCAGGAGGUUCCUGUGUAUUACUGUACAAGCUGAUUUAUACUGGGCAAUUAAUUCAGCUAUAAAUAAGAUACCGAGCUGGCUCCAUAAAACCAGCCCUUGAGUUGAGUGACAGGAACCUCAACCAAUUACAUUCCCUCCUAAGCUGCUGACAUCUCACUGGUCCGGGAGCUGGGCAGUGUAAAAGAUCAGACCAAUGAGUUAUCCAGACUGGGUUUUUCAAAUUGCCUUUAUAAAGAGGAGUUUGAAGAAUAAACUUGCUCUUUUGCCACAUGGACAUUGGGAUGUGUGUUUCCCUGUCUCCAACCACUGACCCCACAAAACACACGGAUUUAUUAAACGUAAUAUGUGGUGACCUCACUGACGUGAUUGGACUGAGCCAGAUCCUGUGGGCACAACAGGAGAAGACAGACCGGUGUGCGCGCAGGACCACCGGAAAAAAACAUUGGAAAAGCUGAAGAAAUAAUCAAAGGGCGAGCACGGAGAGCCCCCGAACCAGCAAAAAAAUGGAUAUAACCAGGGGUGUGUGUGUAGAGCUGCCCAAAUUGUACAGCAACCAGACCUGUUUUGUGGCAAAAAGCUGCCAAAAAAUCCAGAUUUCUUUGGUAUAUACCCCUUUUAAAUAGAAGAAAACACCAUUGGAAAACAUGGGAGGAUCCGUCUCUGUGGAAGAACAUCCUGUGCGGCAGGUAGGGAGUAACUUUCUAAGGGAAUGGGACAUAGAAUUUGAAGAAGAGAAUUUAUUAGAAUUAAUCUUAUGAACUAGAAAUUGGGGAUUGGAACCUACCAAAGAGAAUGCAUUAAAUAUACAUACAUGAACACAGACUGGUAAAUAUAUAAUGGAUGCAGCUUACAAAGGUGAUAAAAGUGCUGUUAAAAUCCAAAGACCUUGGAAACUUAUAUUGAAUUUAAUAAUGCAGAUAAAAACCGAGAUGCCUAGCAAGGACUGGGUGCCAAGAGAGACAGCUGCACAGCGCCGUGCAGUGCUGAAUGGGUGCCAUGUGGAAGAUUACACAGCAGCCCAGUCACACGGCGGGGCUGGGUGGGAUGGCCAUGUCCCAACAGGUGGCAGGGGCCUGCACAGAGCCGGUGCCUCGGUGUGUGUGGGCACUACCCCGGCCAGCGGCGCAUCCCCGGAGGGUGGCAGGGGUCUGCCCACAAGGAUACGCCGUGCUGCCACGCCAUGCUGGACAGCAGUGCAGCCGCUUCACUGUGCACUGGCUUCAGCUGCUGUGAGAGCAUGCCCUGCUGCAGUGGGACCACGGCUGGCCGCUGUGAGACAACCAUGGAAGGUGGCGCUGCCCUGGGGAGUGGGGAAACCACAGUGGGUGGAGGCAUUCUGGGGGCUACCUGCCCCAGGGAGGUGGUGAAAUGGAUUAUCUAAUCCAACCAUGUGGAGUCAUGGUGACCACCAUGGCCUUGGCCAACUGUGCUGCUCCAGCAGUGCCGAGAUGCUCUGUGCCCACAGAGAGAUGUUGUGUUGGGCUAAGCUGCCCUGUAGCUGUGCUGCAGACCUUUUGCGUGGUGCCAGACCCCCAUGCAGCUGCACGAGGCUGCUGUCCUGGGUUGAGCAGCAAUGCUGCUGCCUUGGGGAGACACAUUAUACCUCCCUGCUCCGCAGGGCCAGACCACGUGGCAGCCACUGCAAUGCUUCCCUGCACCGCCAAGCUGGGAGAGAAUCCCACGGACAUGGUGCCAUGCCAUGUGGCCACUGGGACCACCCUCCCACCAUUUGCACCAGAGCCGCCUGCACCUCCCAUCACCAAAACUCCCCCUGGCUGAGACCGAGUGGGCCAGUUCCAAAGCCAUGCCUCCGUGGAGCUCGGCUGCGCCUACACUGCGGGAUGUGCCUGCACCCCCGAUCCUGCCUCUGUCAGGGGGCAGAGCCCUGCCCCCAGCCCCACCUCUGUGGAACACAGCCACGCCUCUAGUGGGUUUGGCCCCCCUCCUGAUCCUCCAUGAGCGGGUCUGGGAAUUACAUAACCAGGAGGUCUUGCAGACCCCAUACCCAGAAGUGCAGUCACUGUCCCCUCAGCACCACCUCUGCUGGACACAAGGAAUUAUCAUCUCCCUGUGGAAUACCGCGAUAACGCCCCAGUAGUUGUGUUGCUGACAGCCCUGCCUGAUCCCGCGAGCAUCUGGUGAAAGGUAAAGUUUGCUGCUAUUACUCGUGGAGUCUGCGAUGGGGCAGAACUCAUUGAUGUACCCAUGUCAGGGAGCUGGGAGUCUGAGGAUGGAUCUCUGUGAGUUUAUCCAAUAAUAGGAGGCAAUAGGGCUAAUUCUGACAAGUAUACUCCUUUUCAAUGGCCAGUUCUAUCUGAACAGUGUCAGCUUGUGGCCAAACAUGGUUUGGGUUCUACUGCAGUUGCUAAUAUGCUACAGUACUCAACCACCAAGGAGGUAACUCCCUUUGAUAUAAAGCAACUGGCAAAACUAAUGUUUACAACUGUCCAAUAUAUGGUUUUUUAAUUGGUGUGGAAAAGCAGUGCUGAAAAACAGACGUUAAAAAAUCUGAAAUUUCUGCAAGAGGACUCAUUUUAUGGGGCAGGGGUCCCUCAGCUUCUGGGUUCCCUGCCAGUGGGUGAUGUAAGACUCCAGGCCAGGCUACAUCCAUUAAUUCUGGCACAGGUGAAGGAAUUGGGUCUGCAGACACUAUUUGAAGUAACUAACAUGAAAAACCCAACUCAAAUAUAUUGCAAAAUUAGACAAGGAGUCAAGGAACUGUAUCUACAGUUCAUAGAGAGAUUACAAGAUGCUAUGGGAAACAAAUUCUUAACAUUGAAGUGAGAACUCAUCUAAUUUUACAACUGGCAAAGGACAAUGCCAAUGAGGACUGCUGAAAGAUUAUAGAACUGCUACCUAAUGAAACUCCAUCACUCAAUGACAUGAUAAAUGCCUGUGCUAAAGUUGGAUCUAAUUCUCAUAAUAUGACUAUGUUAGCAGAUUCUGUAACAGCCACUGUAAGGGAAAAAACUCAUUGCUACAGGUGUGGACUAGAAGGCCACAUGAAGGUAAACUGUCCCCAAAAGUCCUUUCCACAGGGGAUGUUUCAAGGACAGAAGGGAGCAAAAGCAAGCUGCAGCCAAUGUGGAAGGACCUGACAUGCCACCAAGGUAUGCAGGUCCAAAUUUCAUGCUAAUGGUCAAUCUCUCAAGAGCCAGGGAAACAGGAAACCAAGCAUGAACAGGAACCGUGUGACAAUACAAGUAAUUUCCCACCUUCCAGUACGAGCCUAUGUGAUCAGCUCACAGGAAGGACUUGAGGAGCAGCUGGAAUGGAUAUGGUCACCUCUCUCACAGUAACCAUAAGUACCUCAAAGCUAUAUAAGGUCCCUCUCAAGGCUCAGGGGUCUAUCAGGAAAGGAUUGAGUGCAUUGUUAAUUGGAAGGUCCAGCACCACAAUGCAAGGUAUCAUUGUGCACCCUGGUGUUGUUGAUGCAGAUUUUAAUGGACAAAUACAUGCAAUGGUUUCCACCAAUACUCCACCCAUCACUAUACCUGGAAAAAACCCAGAAUUGCUCAGCUUAUCCCUUUUUAGUCUUCUGUCCCCAAAACAGAUUCUAGGGAGCAAGGAGACCAAGGCUUUGGAUCAACAGGACAGCCCCAGAUGAGCUGGACACAGGUCAUAGAAAAUCAAAGACCUAACAUGGUUUGUACUGUUACAAUGCCUAAGGCAAAGCCUUCGCAGAUGAAGGUCCGUAGGAUGAUUGACACAGAGGCAGAUGUCACCAUCAUCUCUGACAACACGUGGCCUCCAUCAUGGCCUGCUACACCUGUGGGAUCUGCUGUUGCUGGCCUUGGAGGGACCACACAGAGCUGCUCGAGCAGCAAUCCUGUGUUGAUCAAAAAUCCUGAGGGCCAAACAGCUACAAUCCGGCCAUACAUCACUGCUGCACCACUGAACUUGUGCAGGAGGAAUGUUUUGUCUGCAUGAGGAGUCUGGGUAGGGAUGGAUUUUUGACAAGGGCCACUGUGUUAUAGGGUGUAAGGUCCUGUGGUGUGUCCCACACCAGCUCUGAAAUGGCUUACAACUCAGCCUGUGUGGAUACCACACAGUGUCCCCUUGAGAAAGAAAAGCUAGAUGCCCUAAAAUCAUUAGUACAAGAACAGCUAAUUCAAGGACACAUAGAGCCAUCUAUGAGCCCUUGGAACACCCUGUAUUUGUUGUAAAAAAGAAAUCUGGUAAAUGGAGGUUGCUCCAUGACCUAAGAAAAAUCAGCUCUGUGAUGGAGAGCAUGGGCACUUUGAAAGCUGGUAUGCCUUCUCCUGCAAUGAUACCUGCCUCCUGGGACAUCCUGAUUGUGGACCUGAAGGACUGUUUUUUCACUAUUCCACUGCACCCACAUGAUACCCCAAAGUUUGCUUUUACAGUGCCUUCCAUUAAUAAUGCUGCACCAGUGCAAUGUUAUCAAUGGCAAGUUCUUCCCCAAGUCAUGAAAAACAGCCCUGCAGUCUGUCAAUGGUACAUUGCACAGGCGCUCUCUUCAGUGAGAGAACAAUUUCCAGGGGUAUACUGUUAUCACUACAUGGAUGACAUUUUGAUUGCAACCCAAACAAAAAAGGAACUCUCACAGAUUCAGCCAAACCUGUUGCAAGCAUUAAAAACAUUUGGGCUGCAGGUAGCACCAGAGAAGGUGCAGCAGCAAGCACCCUGGAAAUAUUUGGGACUCAAAAUAAUGAACCAAAUGAUACAGCCACAAGCAAUUCAAUUUUCAACCAAAACUGAGACUAAAUGAUGCACAGAAACUUUUAGGUACUAUCCACUGGGUCAGAUCGUACCUAGGAUUAACCAACUCACAAUUAGCACCCUUAUUUGACCUCGUAAGAGGGGAUCCUGAAUUAACUUCCCUCAGAGGCAAAAACAAUGCCUGCUCUUGAAACAAUAGAGCAAGCUAUCACAAACAGGUCCACCAGAUAUGCCCAGAGGUGUGGAUCACUGUGUUCAUUCUCACUGUUAAUUCUCAUCCUACUGGUAUUAUUGGACAGUGGAACACACACUGGUCUGACCCUUAGCACAUUCAGAGUAGGUGUUUUUACCUCACCUCUACUGUCUUUGAGCUAAUUGCACAGUUAAUCAUCAAAUGUCAUCACAGGUGUUUGCAACUCAGUGGCAGAGAUCCUUCACAAAUUAUUAUUCCUACAACACAAGAGCAGUUUGAAUGGUGUUUUGCUAAGUGUACAGCCUUGUAAAGUGUUUUGCAAAAUGUUUCUGACACCUCUGGAGGCUGUCCUGAAGGGCAGAGGAGCCUAGGAAGGCUGGAUAUGCUGUAAGAAGGAAUCUUCAGGGCACAGAAGCAGGCUACGCUGAAAGAAGAGCCAGAGGGAGGAGAACUUUGUCUGGAACUCAGAGUAAAAAGGAGAGCUUAUGACAUUUGAAACAAGGGGCAGCAAGUCAGGAAAUCAACAAGGAUGUAAUGAGGCAGAGAGAAGACGAGAAGAAUGGAAGCCCAUCUGGCCACUGCUGUAAAAGACAAUAAAACAAGUGUGUCUAUAAAUACAUUAACCACAAAACGAGGGCUAAGGAGAAUCUCCUUUAUUGGAUGGCUGAGGAAAUCUAGAGACAAAGAAUUAAGAAAAGUCUCAGGUACCUUGAAAGGUGAUGGAGCAGACCAUCCUGAGAGCCAUAAUGUGGCACAUGCAGAACAGCCAGGGAUCAGGCCCAGCCAACAUGAGUCUGUGAAAGACAAGUCCUUGCUUGACCAACCUGGCUUCUGUGACAAGAUGACCUGCUUGGUGGGUGAGUGAAAGGCUGUGGAUAUUGUCUACCUGGGGUUUAGUAAAGCCAUUGACACUAUUUCCCACAGCUUUCUCAGGGAAAAGCUUUCAGCUCAUGGCUUGGACAGGUGUGCUGUUUGGUAGGAAAAAGAAAAUGCCUGGAUGUCCAGGCCCCGAAUGGCACCCUAACUCCUCCUGACUUUGGCCAAACUUUCUUACCAUGGUGCCAGUAUCCGCUGUUCCCAGAGGGACCCGGAGCAUGUAAAGGCCAGGCAUUAUUUUUGAAAAAGCAGCAAAUUCUUUUCAUUUGAAUCACAGCAAAUCUUAGUCUUUGUUCCUUAUAUGUGCCCUACUAUAGUGCCUUUGCUCCACAGCACGUUGCCUCAUGAUUUUUUUAGUGUAGUCCUACUGCAUUUCCUUGUGAAGCUGCUUAUAAGUUCUUGCAAAUGAUCUCACUGCUUAUUCAGGACAGUUAGUCCCAGGCUAGCAGCAGAAAUUCUAGCAUUCAGUAGGUACUCUGCUGUGAAAACAGGAAUGUAUAACAUGCCACAAAGGUGGUGUUUUCCAUGUGGAUUGUGGAGAAGCAUACACAGUGUUUGAACAGUUGAGAGCCAGUUGUGCCUCUGCUAAGCUGUGACUGAAAAUUUCAUAGAGUCACAGAAUAUCCUGAGUUGGAGGGGACCCACAAGGAUCAUUGUUUCCAGUUCCUGGCCCUUCACAGAACACUCCAACAAUCCUACCCUAUGCCUGAGUGCAUUGUCCAAAUGCUUGUUAAGCUCUGGCAGCCUUGAGGCCACGACCACUGCCCUGGGGAGCCUGCUCACUGCCCAACCACCCUCUGGGAGAAGAACCUUUUCCUAAUAUCCAGCCUAAACCUCCCCUGAUACAUCUUCAGGCCCUUCCCUCAGGUCCUGUCCCUGGUCACAGAAAGCAGAGAUCAGUGCCUGCUCCUCUGCUCCCUCUUGUGAGGAAGCUGCAGACAGACUGCUAUGAAGUUUCCACCCACUGUCUCCUCUUCUCCAGGCUGAACAAGCCAGGUGACCUCAGCCAUUCUUCUUAUGGCUUUCCAGUUACUCCCUCCAGCUGGAUGGACAAACCCAUCUGCUGGCAUCCAGAGAAAGAGUAAGUCACUAUUUUGGCUCUAAAGGAGGGGGGUAAAUAAGAGAGAAAUAUUUAAUAGCUUGUAUUUUUAUGAAUGAGGUGGUUUCUCUCCCUUUCCAGUCACUCUUCCUAGCAGGUAUUUGUGUUUCAAAUUUGUUGCUUUGUAAUCAAGGUGAAGUAACAGAUUCUGCAAAGUUUGCCUUUCCUGUGUUGCCAUUGUUUAUACACUUUAUCUGUAUGCCUAAGGUAAUAAUUAAUAGUUCUAUGAAUAAUAACCACAUGGAAUGGUGGAGUGAUUUUGCUCCAUUUUGCAAAGACUCCUUUAGGCAAAUCUUAAAAGGGGACAGGAAUUUUCAUGGGGAUUAUUCCAGCUGACAGGAUUUGAGACAUUUUAUUUAGUUAAAGUUGCCUUGAGAAGAGCAUUGGAAAAGAAGGCUCAAGGAAAGAGCAUCUAGGACCUCUGUUUUAUUCUGCCAUUUAAUUUAUAAAUAAAGUCAGUGAUACAGUAAGGACAACUAAAGUAAAUAUACUAUUUCUAUAUAGCUCUGGAGUCUCAAUGGCAAUGACAACAUUCACAUCUGAGUGAACAGAGCUGAGAUUUUCGGCCCCAAGUUGCCCUGCUCCAGAGUUUCAUUCUCCAUCUGUUUAGUCACCACUAAUAUUUCAUACCAGUUUUUUGAUCAUGCAACUUUCUGCUCUAGCUUUUUUUCCCUAAUUUAGGAUCUGAACAAUAGAAAAUUAACUGCUACUAUAGACUGGAAUUUUCAGCAUUAUGUUUUGGGAUUAGGUAAUAUUUAGUUUCAUGUAAUGUUUAACUUGAACUUUUGUCCAGGUCAUGUUAGAAAGGGUACUGGGAAAUAACCAAAAUUUCUCUCAAACUUUAUUUACUAACAUUCACCCAGUGUAAGUGCCCUUGUUUCUGGGAGUAGUUGGUUUGACAUACAAAAAAGAAAAUUUUAAAAGGUCUUUAAAAAAUAAAUGUAAGUGCUUUAGUGUUGAAGUGCUCAGCUUGAGCCACCAAAGGUAGCUCUGGUGUUUGGACAGUGCUAACCACCCAUCCUUGGGACACCUGGCUUCCCAGAAGGUGUCCUUUUCUCAGGACACAUGAAUAAACAGGGCUUUGACUGUGCAUACCUUACAAUUACAAAAGUCCAAAUACAGUGGUGUAUUUGUGAGCCUGCACAUUAAUGCUUUAUGCAUGGAUAUAGACUUGUGGGUUUUUUGGAAUAUUUGGACUUUAAAUCCCAGGGAGCACAACUCCACCAAUCAUUCUCCCUUACAUCUGUGCAAAAUAGUUCUCUCCUCCUGUGCUGGUAAAGCUUCAUAAAACUUCCUUCUCACUUUUCAUUUAAGUAAAUGCUUAUCCUGAUGCAAUUCAAAUGUGAAUACCCAGGUUAGUGUGUGUCUGCCUUCCCAGACAGCAUACACUGUGCACACCUCCAAGCUGGAAUAGCUCCAGCUGUGUUCUGGCAAAGCAAAUCCUGCCACUCAUCCUGGCCCCCUAGUCUUUAUUAGGAAAAGUGCAAGCUGCAUGUAUGAAACAGCAUGAAAAUGAAAUUCUUGCACAUGCUUCCUUUCUGCUCUCUCAGGGUUGGGAAUAAUCAGGCUGUGACCUGCUGAGGCUGACCUUCAUCUGGGGGAAAAAGGGAGAUAUCACCACUCCCAAUUCUUUGGGAGGAGAAGAUUUCCUGCUUUCCCUUGAGUUUCCUCCUGUUAUUCUGCCUCCCUGCAGUUCCAUGUCACAGCCUUCCCUACUGUAACAUUUGCCUCUGCUGUGGACAGAAGCUCUACAUAGGAUGGACAGACUUGAGGAUUUUACAGAAGUGUUUAUAGAUUAAUUGCCUCUCCUGGAGUCUGUGUACACCUGAAAACCAAAAUACCGUUAACAUGUCAAGGGUCAGAGUGCUGUUCAAGUUCAGUGCUACAGUAUUGCCUAUUUUAUCUUGCAUUUUUAUCUUGCUGAGAAGGAAUUUGUUCCACUGCCCUUGAGCACUCCACUGCUACCACCUAAUUCCGGUAGCCCAGGCUUCAGCUGCACAAGCAGACACAAAUAAAAUUUUCAAGCUAUUGACAACAAAAAUGAAUCAUGCUGCAGCCUGAAAGGCUGUAGAACUUCAGCUUUGAUCACAAACUUAUUUACCUCAAUUUAUUUAUGGUCUAACUAAAUAAGUACAGUAUUUGUUUAAGCAAAGAGACUGAAAACAAAAUUCCUCUCAGCCCUCAGCCCACUCAGGGAAUUCCUAAAAUUCCCAAGGAGUAAAACCAGCAAAUCCAGCAAUUUGAUUCCCUUAAGGCUGCAGUCUCCCUAGGGUUUUCUGAUCAGAUUGUGUAGCUAGUCAGAUUAGGUUUAUUCAGGGACUGACUCCUUGCAUUUUCCUGUAAUCUUGUAUUUUAACACCUGCUCAGUUUAAAAUGCCAUUUUAAUCUAAAUUGGAUGGGUUUUCUAUUCAUCCUGUGUACAUUACUCAAGAUUUAAACUCCUCUUUGCUUAAUACACCACUUUCAGAUAGGCAUAUGUGAUGAAUGAGGGGUUUAAUUAGUUUUUUCCUGAAGAAAGAAUGGAAGACAUCAAUUUUAUAGGCUUGGAACGUCCAUUGAAUAGGAUAAACUUUCCUCGUGACAGUAGCAUUCUCACAUAAUAGUCAAAGGCUUUUUAUUGCUUUUUUUCAGUUUUCUUAAUACAAAGACCUGCAAUUAGAGGGGGAAAAAAGGUGGAAUUAUCAAAGCAGAUUAAAAGAACCAUGAAAUGAUGCUACUACUAAAUAAACACUGAAAAUCUUCUUCAGCAGUCAAAACCUGUGAAACAAAAGGAGCAGGGAUGGAAUCUUGUGCUAGAAAACUUUUGGGAUAACAUGUAAUAAACCAUAGGUUUCCAUGCUGGAUGGAGGAUACACAUCUAAAACCAUGCAUGGCUGAAACAAUCAAACAAAUAAUUUUCUGCUGCUAUUUAUAUCUAGUCUGAUUUUCACUUGAGAGGCCCCCCACUCAGGACCAAAAAUGAACAAAUUAUUUACUACAUUUAAAUCACUCAAAAUAGCUUUUUCAGAAGCAGGUUUUUGCUACCAGAAGUAAGUAUUUCCCUAAAAUAAUUGGUACUUUUGCUUGUUGCUAAGCAAAGAAUGCAGCUUCCCUUCUCCCCUCUCUAUUGCAGAGAUUCCAGCUGCAAAGCAGCACUGGCCUUACCCCUCCCAGGCCAGCACUGCAGGCUGCAGGUAGCUUCUGGGAUCCAGUUUUCAAUCACUUUUGGUAUGCAAAUGUGCUACCAGUUUUAUUACUCCAGCCAUUUUCAAGCACUGAUGAACACUGGGUAUAAGGCUGGGCAAGAAUAAUGGUCUAAACCGCUAAGCCAGCUGUCUUGGAAAAUUAUAUGGAAAUAAAAUAAAAACCAGCUCCCUCUUAGCUUGAGCUUCUGCAGACAAAGGAGUUAUUCUUUUCAUCAGAAUCGAUACAUAAAAGCAGGUAAGUUUUGGUUACCCAUCAGUGAGUGAAGAGCAUCCAGAUAAUUUGCCAAGUUCAGAUUUGAAAUCCUAUUCUUGUUUCCUGGGUUCCUGAGUUCAAAGGUCUUCUAAUAUAAACUAGAAAGCUGAAAAAGGCUUCUAUGAUUUUUACAGAACUUCUAUACCUGCUAUAUUACGUAAACACAUGUCAAAUAGCUUAUGGAAGCCAGUUGUAAAAUCCAUUGUUCCAGGUGGAUGAGACUUUGAAUAGCUUUACUGAUUAUACUGGAAGUCUAGCUAAAUUUUACUGAAAAAUUAGGGAAGAGAAGAAGGUACACGCACCAGUUUUCUGAUAAAAUUGCAUAGAAAAUCUUGACAUUUAGCAUAAUCUGCUGCAUUCUUUGCAUUUCUAUAGGUUAUGUCUAAAACUAUUUUGGUGAGUUCAAGAGAUAAAUAAUCUCUGUUAAGGGAAGUGGGUAAUGCUCAGAGAGUGACCAUGGUGGAAAGAUGCGCCACACACACCAUAUUCUCCAGUUUUCUGAAGUACUUCCUCUUUUUAAUUUUGGAGGUGAUGGAGAACAGAACUACAACAGGCAAGAAAAUCAUCCCAUAUUUUAUUUAAUCUUAAUUGCAAUAUUACAAAAAAGGGCUCUGUGUAUCUCCAAGAGCCCUACGGAAGGCAGUUCUCCCAUCCCUAAAAAUUAAAGCAAAUAAUUUUCCAAGCCUUAAGCAGUGGAGACAGCAAUGUGGUUUGGUUAAGAACCAUAUAAUGCAUAUUUUCUGUAGAUAGUUGUUAGCUUAAGAAAAGAUGCAUUGCAGGUGACUUUGACACUUCACAGACAUAUAACCUGCAAAAUAUAUGCACUUCUUGCAUAUCCCUCACCAAAGCCACACAGAAACUAAAUCCUGAGAACUGGAUAGGAAUGUUUCUGAUUUGCAGGGAACAGAGAAGAACAGAUGUAUUUCUGGAGUUUAAAUUUCCUGGAAUGCCAGAAUUUAGACUUUUGUUUGGAUUCAGAUGGAUGGACCCCAAAUGUUAUCAGCUAAGCUAAACCUGAUUGGUUGGCUGCAAACCAGUAGAGAACUUUAAAGAUUCUCCACUCUUCAGGUACUGAGAAAAAAGAGUUAAAACUAAUGAGGAUGCAUCAAAGUAUUUUAGUCUAAUGUUUGAUGAAUAUUAAGCCCUCAAAUUUUAAGUGGAAAAAGCAGUAUCACUCCUUUUGACACAGGUGGGAGUUUGAAUCUCUUUUACUUAGUCCAAACUCAUGCUGUCAAAAUUGUCUAGGAUUUCUUGCAAACAGUACCUCCAACACAGAAAAAUCCAAAUAAUUUAAUUUAGCUGUGAAACUGUGUUGAUGUUACAGAUUUCUGGUCUAUCACAACUGUUAGCCACUGUUAAGGACUGAGAAAAUGAGCAGUGUGGAGGUCUAGAAAUAGGAUUUCCGAUGUGAUUAAAUGCUUAGAUAGUGGAAGCAUUUCUAGCAAUAAUGAUACUGCAACAGCUACUGCUUGUGUGAGUCUGACCUUUGGAGUUAAACAUCAGCCAGCAGCUAGACUGGAAUUUCUGGUAUGCUCCACAACUUAGAUUAAAUAUUUGAUUAAAAAACUUAAAUAUCUGCAUCCUUCUGUCAUAGUUUGGGAAUGGUAUUCUCCAUUUUAGUACUCCCACUGAAAAAGGCUCCCAUGCUCCCUUUCCCCCACCUCCAACUGGAGGCACAAAAGGCAAAGCUCAUGGGUUGAGAUAAGAACAGUUUAGUGGAAACAGCAAUGAGAUAAGAAAACAAACAGGAACAGGAACAGGACAGACAGGAACAAGAAUAUUAAUAACAGAAGUCUACAAAACUAGGUGUACUAGUUUUGUGAAGAGCGAGCGCAGGCGAAGAAAGGGCAAAGUGCCCCUUCUCCUUUCACUAGGAUCAUGUUUUCUGAAGUGCUGCAGACAACAUUCUGGAUGCGAAUCAAUCAUUUUACAUGAUAAAGACCAAAUUCUAUCCAUCAUGUGCUCUACUGCUGCUUUCACUAGAACCUGUCAUCUUUGGUCAAAAUUUGUCUCUAAUGCUUCUUGGUACUUCAAAUCAGUUACAUCAAAUUAGACAAACUUUCCAACAUCUUUAUAAUUUCUGUUAAGAAACUACACUGUACUUCAUUGGCUGUACCAUCGUAUAAUAAUAUGUCAGGAAAACACAGAUGCUCCUGGUAAAAUUCAACUCCACUCUGAAAACCAAAGGGCUGGCAACUGAGAAUCCAAGAAUCCCACCAAAGAUGCUCCCAGCUAUUUGAGGUGGCCCAUGUCUGGGAUGGAAACUUGCUCCAUUGUCAUAGGUAUGUGUGGAGUUGCUAUUUUGCUUUGCAAGGGUAAAUGAAGUGGGGGCAGAACAACUGACAAAGCCUGGAUCUAUCCUAUAGUACUUGCUGUGCAAGACAUAAUGAGAGGUGGUCCCUGGUCCUCAAAACUUACAGACUAAGGUUGGAGCAGAUGUAGCUUUACAUCAAAAUCAGGUUUUAUCAGCACUUCACAUAGCUCAGAAGGAUAUGUGCUGUGCCCAGCAACACUUCUGCCCUUAACUGCUCACCCUCCCUCCCUCCCUCAUUCGCAGUAUAUCCCACACCAGUUUAAGGGAAAGGUUAUCACAAUGUUACUUAGCAAUUCAGGUGUAAAACAAAACUAUCACUUCUAGCCCUUCUCAGACUGCCUCACUCAGGGAAGUGGAGAACAGGAUCCUUUGUCACCCCUGUCUGGUUGGAAGCAAUGAAAGCAGAAAGGAGAAACAAGCAGGAAUUGUCCUGCACAACUCCUGGUCCUCUGCUUACCUCUGCACAGGCCAGGCCAAAGAGCUGUCUGCAUAGAGAAGAAUGUGUCCAAGCUGUCUUAUAAGCAGAUGAAACAACUUAGAACAAAAGAAGAAUGAAGAAUCCCAAACUUUAGUCACAAUCCGUUUUCCAAAUCAGUGUAGUUGUGCUUUCUCCUUAAUGCAGAACUGUGAUAUGGCUCUAAAUAGAUGUGACAGAUAAUGAGUGGAAAAGCAAAGUAAUAUUAAUCAUUGAGAGAUCUUUAGUAUUAUAAAGAAAUUGGUUUUCCUCAGUAGGUAAAGCUAAGUGAUCUAAAUCACUCAGUAGAAGGAGGAGACACUUGGCAGCUUGGCACCAGUGCCAAUGAAGCCAAUAGCCUACCCUGCUUUCUCCAUUUGUCUGGCUCUCAUUUUGGCCAGAUUCCUUGGAAUACACAUAAGUUUUGUGCGAAGUCAGAAGAACCACACACUAGUUUUCACUUAGGAAAACACAAUUCACAACUGCAGCUGUUCCAUGCCUAUCCGUGACUGCAAUUACUGCCUGGCAAACUUGAUGUGCAGCUGCAAAACAGUGCUGCUUUCUACCAUGGGAAAAAAUACCUACUGCAGCCACCUGACCAUCUGGUUCACGGACACCUCUCUGUGCUGGAGAUGGUCCUCAUCUUCACAAGCUGAGGUAUGGGAUUGUCACGAUCCGUCCUUACGAAUGGGUUUCAUGAUGGUUCAGACUUACAGGGAUUUGAAGCUGUCCUUCUGUGGCACCACUCCUCUCCCAAUGGAAUAUCUGUAAAUUUGGGGACUUUGAAAGCUCCAGGUAAACAAGGUCAAGGGACAAUUUCCAGAGCAGAGCAUAACUAUCUCCAGCAGCAGCAACAAUGACAGAGAAGACUUGCUUGAGGUGCACAACAAAGACAGGCAAAUGCUUGCACAUAUUUUUUUUUUUCUGGAUCUCUCACUUUUCAAUGGAUAUUCAUUACUGAAGUCAUACAGUGAGGAAAAUAUCUCUAGUAUCAUUAAGCACUUUCCCAGCCUGCUGUACUCUGAUGUUUUCUCAACUUCAGACAAUGAAGUUGUAACAUUCAUUUACUGAGUUACUUAACACAGUCAGUAGUGAGAGGCAUUGGAGGCUGCUAAGAGUGAUGGGAUGCCUUUGUCUGGUUUGUCCAGGAGGAUGUGAGAGAACUCCACAAGGAGGUGUUUGAAGUAAGAGACUCAUCAGAUUAAUUCAGCAAAGUCUUUCUUAAAGAACAAAGUAAAUGAGAAACAACUGUUUUUAGAAAGCAUUGUUAGAUUUUUUGUUGUUGUUGUUUAUAUAUUCUAGGCUGACAAUUAAAAUCUGCAGAUAAAUUUUGUUUUCAGGUUUUGCCUUGACAGAAAAAGGCAUAACCGUGCAGCUCCCAUUGCAGAAGAAUCCAAGCCCCCCAGAGAAUCACUCAGGUUAGAGGGAAGCUCAGCAGGUAAAUUCAUGAUUGCUUUGCUUCUCCCAUUACACUCAGAGAUUUUUAGGAAACAGAGGUAUUGGACUUCCCUCUGUAAAAGAGGUAUUUCCCUGCACCUGUCCUUUCUUCCUUAUCUCACACAUAGUCUUUAU